ACAGUGUUUCUAUCAUCCGAUAGAUGUCACCAGGGAGUCACGUGAAAAGUUAUGGUGGAAGGUGUGGAGUAAAAUCAAAUGUCUAUUAGGAUAUUUUCUCUAAAUUUCAGGCUAAUCUAACCUGUGCUCCAAGCUUCUUACAUACGAAUUUUCGUGCGUAUAACUUCUUUAGAACUAAUCUAUUAAGAUGACGGAAUAUUGGCUAAUCUCUGCACCCGGGGAGAAAACAUGUCAGCAGACAUAUGAGGCCAUGAACAACCUCACAAGCAAACAGAACAACCUAUCGGAAAACUACAAAUUUGCAAUCCCUGAUUUGAAGGUGGGAACGCUUGAUCAGCUCGUAGGACUAUCAGAUGAUUUGGGCAAGCUGGAUGGAUUUGUUGAGUCGGUGACCCGCAAAGUAGCCGCUUACCUUGGUGAAGUUCUUGAGGACCAACGUGACAAGCUUCAUGAAAAUUUGAUGGCCAACAAUGAUAGUGCUAAGUUGACCACUGCAAGUUUCCUGAGAGCUCAAGAUGGUGACCUUUCAAAUUACAUCACCCGCUUCCAAUGGGACAUGGCUAAGUACCCCAUCAAGCAGUCUCUGCGGAACAUUGCUGAUAUCAUCAGUAAACAAGUUGGCCAAAUUGAUGCCGACUUGAAGACUAAGUCGUCUACCUACAACAAUUUGAAGAGUAGUCUCCAAAAUAUGGAAAAGAAGCAAACAGGAAGCCUUCUUACAAGGAACUUGGCAGACCUCGUGAAGAAGGAGCACUUCAUCUUAGAUUCUGAAUACCUUAAUACCCUCCUUGUGGUUGUGCCCAAGCAAAGUAUUAAUGACUGGUGGGCUAACUAUGAAAAGAUAACAGACAUGAUUGUGCCUCGUUCUUCCCAGCUGAUAUUCCAAGACCAAGACUAUGGUCUGUUUACUGUUACCCUGUUCAAGAAGGUGGAAGAUGAAUUUAAACUUCAUGCUCGAGAAAAGAAAUUUAAUGUACGAGAGUUCAAGUACAAUGAGGAGGAGUUGGCCGCAGGCAAAAAUGAAAUUACCAAACUUGUCACCGACAAGAAAAAGCAAUUUGGACCCCUGGUACGCUGGCUCAAAGUCAACUUCAGCGAGUGUUUCUGUGCCUGGAUCCAUGUUAAAGCUCUUCGUGUCUUUGUAGAAUCUGUGUUAAGGUAUGGCCUGCCUGUCAACUUCCAAGCAAUGCUUUUGCAUCCCAACAAGAAGAAUACGAAACGGCUGCGGGACAUUCUUCACCAACUCUACGGUCAUUUGGAUGGCAGCACACAGCAGGGUGGUGUGGCCCAUGAUAGUGUGGAUAUACCUGGCUUGGGUUUUGGGCAGUCUGAUUAUUAUCCUUAUGUGUACUACAAGAUCAACAUAGACAUGGUAGACCAUAAGCCUUAAGUUUGCAAAAUCAAUUGUGGUGGAUGUUAUGGGCAAUCAAAUUCUGCAAUCUGGCAAUGUACUGUAAUCAAGAAAGGUGGAGUGAAAAACACUUUACCUUUGUAUGGCAGAUGUAUUUUAGCUGUUCUAUGUUAAUGGAAUUGCCCCAGAGGCUGUAGAUUACACUUGUAUAAAUAAAUAAAUAAGAUGUAACCUCUUAUGAAAUGUUUUGUUGAUGUACAGCUACCAAUAAUAAUUUAGAAUAUUUUUCACUUUACUCAUCAGAUUUAUUUUGAGUAGUACAGCCUGUUAUUUAGUAUUAAGGCAAUGCCAGUUUUGUCUCUUU